AGGUGAUACCAGAUGAAGGGACGGCAAUGGAAACACUAUUCCGGCUCAGCACCCGUCCCGUGGUGGACGAGAACAUUCCUCUACGUUACUCUUUCUAUUGCAACUUGAACAACAAUGAGACGCUACUCAUGGGGUCCUUCCUGGAGCAUACCGCUGUUGAGGUCCUGUUGCCUUAUGUUGAGGGUGGUACAUUUGUGUGGGUGGAGGUGUGUGACUCGCUGGGCGCUUGUACCACUAGUGGGACAACUCUCGUGCCGAUGUUGCCCGGGAAGGCGCGCACGGUAGACGCGGUGCUGGAGGAUGCGCGCGCGCACCUGAGGCGGUGCGAGCUGAUGAUGCUGAGGAGACUGGCUGCGGCUGCUGUUGUUACUUAUACUAACGCCGGCCAAGAGGAGUCCCUCUCAAAGUUCACUACAGCCUUACUGAACGCGCUGGGAGGCAUCGACGACCGCUGCAUUGAGACCAACUAUGACGACUAUACUGACUUCAUGUCCUGGCUGCAGAAUGCUGCUGGCACCGACACCACCAAGUUCAUGUAGUGCACUUUAAAGAAUAAAUAGUU